AUGCCCACCCCACACCGCGAUGUAUUGACUUCUGGAACAAGUGAGGACAGCAAUGUCAGCCAGCACAGAUGUAGUGCCUGUCUUCAGGGACUUGCUCAGCCUCUGGCAGUAGGCUCCCUGUUGCAGAAGCUGAGUGGUAGAAAUGAGAGGCAAGGAGGGCCAUGCAAGCAGCCCAGAGAGAUCCCCUGGAAGUCUGUCGGGAGCCCCUUUGUGGUGGAGUCCACAGGAGUGUACCUGUCCCAAGAGGAAGCUUCCAACCACAUCCAGGCAGGUGCCUUACGUGUGGUCAUCAGCGCACCCUCACCAGAUGCGCCCAUGUUUGUCAUGGGGGUGAAUGAAAAGGACUAUAAUCCUGAUUCCAUGAAAAUUGUCAGCAAUGCAUCCUGCACCACCAGCUGCCCGGCCCCCCUUGCCAAGGUCAUUCACAAGCGAUGUGGGAUUGUGGAAGGACUGAUGACCACAGUCCAUUCCUACACGGCCACCCAGAAGACAGUGGAUGGGCCAUCCAAGAAGGCCUGGCGAGACGGACGAGGAGCUCACCAGAACAUCAUCCCAGCCUCUACAGGGGCUGCCAAGGCCGUGGGCAAAGUCAUCCCAGACCUCAAAGGGAAGCUGACAGGAAUGGCGUUCCGGGUACCAACCCCAGACGUGUCUGUCGUGGACCUGACCUGCCGCCUAGCCCGGCCGACCACAUACUCCGCCAUCAAGGAUGCCAUAAAAGCAGCAGCCAAGGGGCCAAUGGCUGGCAUACUUGCCUACAAUGAGGAUGAGAUGUUCUUUCCCCUGGAGGAUGUUUUAGAAUAUUGCAUCAGCUUGUGUUUCCCAGGUUCUCAUAUCUGA